AUGCUCCUAUACAACAAGCAACCUCCGCUGGGGAAGUCACACAGAUUGUCUUUACGUGGAGGAGCCGCUUUGCCGUUGAAUUCUGAGGAUGAAAAACCAACACUCGGGGCUAUAGCCCGGUCGUUUUUGGAAACCGCUCUGGUGAAAUUGUAUUUGAAACUGUCCAAACGUGGCGUGCGACCGACUUUGAACGAGCUGAUUCUGCCCGCGGAUCGUUUGGAGACAAGUCAGCUACGUAUACUGUCCGAUGAUCGAUCAGAUGCGAGUCCAACGGCAGCCGAAGAUCUGAUACAACUCAUAUCCAGCCUCGUACACAUUGAUGUGGAUGAUUUGGUGAUAUUCCUGCAACAAGCCCAAGCACACCAUGCUCUGGCCCUGAUCUACCAAUGGCAAGGAAAUUUGGCUGCCGCGUUAGAUGUAUGGCAAAGGCUUGCGUACAAUGAACUACAAGAUGACUAUUUUCCCGGGGUCCCAUUCUACCUUGCUGUGAUUCGCUCACUGACUUGUCCCGACGCGACUAAUCACGCUGAGUAUGAAACCCAUCCGCUACCGAAUUCGGUCACCUCGGAAACCGUGGAUCAUUCUGUUCCUUCGGUGUAUGCAGAUUUGGUUUGGAAACACCUAUGUUGUGCUUUGGAUUCGGGUAAAUUGGAUUUGAGCGAACAAAUUUUGUCUGGAAUACCUGUGCCUUCACUGAGUGACGGAUGGUCGAGCCUUACCUCUGCAUCUAUAACUCAUCAAAAUUUAUCCUCAACUGUAGCUGCACCUUCUGAGGAGGCGUUAAAGUCAGAUCGGAUACUAGCUCCAUCGCAACUACUCACUCCAGCCAGUAUCCUGGGUCGGAUUUCACAUCCGGAACUGGCUCGCAAGUAUCUGCGUCAGUUGAUCUAUCACCACGGAGACUGUGAUUCAAAUCAUCAUACCCGAUUAGGUGAACUCUAUGUGGACCGUAUUCGGAAUGCCGUCGAGCACAAGGAAACGUCCGAUUCGGACAAGGUGAACGGGAGGCAAUUGAGACGUGAAUUUUGUCACUUUUUGCGCCACUCGGAACACUAUUCCGUAGAGCAUCUGCUCACACGCAUACGCGAGCGCGGUUCACAGAAUUUUCCGUUGGAAACGGCUAUUCUCUUGGGCAAGUCUGGACAGCACAAGACUGCGUUGAACAUAUUGAUCACUGAGCUGGAUGAUAUACCAGCUGCUGUAUGCUAUUGUCUCAGUUUCUCCAAGCCAUCCAAAGACGCAUGCCAAUGGACCUUGCCAGAUUCGGCACAGACCCCCGAGGAGGCGUUCACAGCUUUGGUGGAAUUAUGCAUCCAAAGCACUCAUGCAUCGCACAAUCAGUUCGCUUUGGAACUGAUCAAUACAAUGGAUAUUCCACUGAAUUUCGUCCGAAUCUUGCGGGCACUGCCAUCACAGAUCUCACUCAGUCACGUUCAACCAUUUCUUGCUCGAGCAUUUCGUACGGUACAGCAUCAGCUUUCGACUUGUCACCUUACUCAAGGCUUGGCCAAACGACAAGCCAUCGUGGCCGCAGAGACGUUACAGUCAGGCUUAGAUGCUGCUCCACUACCUCAGCUGGUGCGCACGGGCGAGGAACAGUGCGCCGCUUGCCAUCGAAACCUCACGCUGUACGGAUCCACCAGCGCAUUCGCCUGGUCCACUCGAUCAAAUCAAUGCUUCCAUAUACAUUGCUGGGAGCAGUCCCAUCGAGCUGCAUGA